AUGGCAGCCGCCGACGAGGAGCUCCCGGACUUCGACGAGGACAACGAGAAGGAGGAGGAGCCGAAAGAGGGGGACGACAAGAAGAAGGGCAGCUACGCCAACAUUCACGCCACAGGCUUCAAGGACUUCCUGCUCAAGCCUGAGCUGAAUCGUGCCAUCGUGGACUGCGGCUUCGAGCACCCCUCCGAGGUGCAGCACGAGUGCAUCCCGCAGGCCAUCCUCGGCACCGAUGUGCUCUGCCAGGCCAAGUCUGGCAUGGGCAAGACGGCGGUCUUUGUCCUGGCGUGCUUGCAGCAGAUCGACGCGAGUGAAAAGGUCGUCAGGACUAUGGUGAUCUGCCACACGCGUGAGCUCGCGUACCAGAUCAAGCACGAGUUCGACCGCUUCGCCAAGUACUUCGCGGACGUGAAGUGUGGCGUUGUCUAUGGCGGCGUCCCCAUUAGCAAGGACAAGGAGAUGCUGAAGGAGUCCUGCCCUCAGAUCCUGAUCGGAACUCCCGGCCGCGUCCUCGGCCUCCUCCGCGAAAAGGACCUGAAACUCGACAAACUGACGCAAUUCGUGCUCGACGAGUGCGACAAGUGCCUGGACAAGCUGGACAUGCGCAAGGACAUCCAGCAGAUCUUCAUCGAGACCCCGAAGAAGAAACAGGUUAUGAUGUUCAGCGCCACCAUGACAGCCGAGACGAGGGCGCUGUGCAAGAAGUUCAUGCAGGACCCCCACGAGAUCCGCGUGGACGAGGAGUCCAAGCUCACGCUGCACGGGCUCCUGCAGUACUACGUGAAGCUCUUGGAGAAAGAGAAGAACAGGAAGCUGAACGACCUUCUCGACGCCCUGGAGUUCAAUCAGGUCGUCAUCUUUGUAAAGUCCGUGCAGCGUGCCAUAGCGCUCGACAAGCUGCUCGUGGAGUGCAACUUCCCCUCGAUCGCCAUCCACUCGGGCCUGAACCAGGAGGACCGCAUCGCUCGAUACAAGCAGUUCAAGGAGUUCCAGAAGCGCAUCAUGGUUUCCACCGACCUGUUCGGGCGCGGCAUCGACAUCGAGAGGGUAAACAUCGUCAUCAACUACGACAUGCCCGAGGACAGCGACUCGUACCUCCACCGCGUGGGGCGUGCGGGGCGCUUUGGCACCAAGGGGCUGGCGAUCACGUUCUCGGGAUCCGACGAGGACGCCGAGGUGCUGAAGAAAGUCCAGGAGCGCUUCGAGGUCAACAUCGGCGCGAUGCCCGCCCAGAUCGACACCACGUCCUACCUGAACGCCUGA